UUGAUCGGCCUGCGGGAUAUUUAAAGUAAGCCAAAAAAAAAAGUUAUUAUUCAACUUAUUGAAUGGCUUAAAAAUAAAAACACAAUUAGAUCUUGAUCUAGAUCUACCUCUAAGUUAUCUAGGAUUCUUUAUAUCUAAUUUUGAAUUUAGAACUAUCUACCCAUAACCUUAGGCUUAGAAACACUGCCUUGACCAUGGCGUCAAGGUCCACUCCUAGACUCAGAGAUAAGGAGACACUUGAUAGAGAUUGUUUAUUAGAUGGUUUCUUGACUCUCUAUGAAGAGUGCACUCAUACCAACUUACUCAAGAUAGCAAAUGUAUCUUCUUUUGUUAAAAAAUAUAAUCAAGCAGUAAAUCAGACCAAAAAAUGCAGGAAGAAAGCUUUUGACUUUGAGGUCAAAGCAUUAAUUGGAAGAGGUCAUUUUGGAGAGGUGCGUGUGGUGAGAGAAAAAGCCUCCGACACUGUAUACGCUAUGAAGGUUCUCCGCAAGUCAGAUUUGUUGGCUCAGCCAGAGAUAUCCUGUUUUGAAGAAGAAAGGAAUAUUAUGGCUACCAGUACAAGUCCUUGGAUAACUGAGUUGCACUUUGCCUUCCAGGACUCUGUAAAUCUGUAUCUUGUCAUGGACUUUCAUGCUGGUGGAGACCUGCUGUCAUUGUUGUCCAGGCAUGAUGACAUUUUUGAGGAGAAGAUGGCACAGUUUUACAUUGCUGAAAUAGCUAUUGCCAUCAACAGUCUUCACAACAUUGGCUACUUGCAUAGAGACAUUAAACCUGAGAAUAUUCUGCUUGACUGUACUGGUCACAUCAAACUUGCUGACUUUGGUUCAGCUGCUAAAUUGGAUGAAAAUAAAAAGGUAUCUUCACACAUGCCAGUCGGCACUCCAGAUUAUGUUGCUCCAGAGCUUCUUCAAGCAAUGAACAAAAGUAGACAACGAAUUACCUACGGUGCAGAGGUGGAUUGGUGGUCUUUGGGUGUUUGUGCUUUUGAGAUGCUGUUUGGUGCAACACCAUUCUCUAAUGAACAUGCCACCAUGGUGUCAACUUAUGCUAACAUUAUGAACUUUAAGAAUACUUUAAAGUUCCCAGCAGAGAGUGAUGUUUCUGACCAAGCAAAAGAUUUUAUUAAAAAACUGCUGACAGAUUCACACUCUCGCUUAAACUGGUCAGGAAUAAAGGCUCAUCCUUUUUUCAAAGGAGUUAAAUGGGACACCAUCAGAGAAAGGGAUGCCAUAUAUGUUCCUUCCAUUAAUGGCCUGGAUGAUACGUCACACUUUGAUGAAGUUGAAAAGGUUCAGCGUCAACCGGAUCUCGAAGUAUUAAAGCCACAAAAUGAUUUUUCUGGGCGAGAUCUUCCUUUUGUUGGCUUCACAUUCUGUAAAACUUCUUCCAUUAGCAGUCCAGCCAGCCCUGGUGACUUGAACAAUAGCAGUGCUCGUGACCAAGCCAGCUUGGCUUACGAGUCAACUACAAGCGCCUUCAUGUUUGACAAGGAGGUGAUGAAAAUUCUGGCAGAGAAAGAUCAGGAAAUUAACAGAUUAAAAAAACUAGUGCAGUCUUAUGAAAGUAAUCCAUUUCCUAAUGAUCAAAGAUGCUCUUCUUUGUUGGAGACUUGGACUACUAUGGAUAAUGAAAUACGGCUUAUAGAGGAUGAGUUGCUAGAGGUUAAAAUGGAGGAAUUUAAAGCUGAGAUUGUGUUGCUUCAGUCAGAACAGGAGAAACUUACUGCCCAGCUAAGAGAUAGGGAAUACCAGCUGGCCCAAGCUACAGAAGCUCUCACUGAGGCCAAGUCUCAGCUUGAGGUUCAAAAAAGAAAGCUGGAGAAGGCAAAGAGAAUGUCUAGAGAGGAAAACCACAAGGACCUAAUGCUCCUCAGUUUGAAUAAUGAAACUUGGGAGAGCCUUCUGCAGGAUAAGCAGGCCACCAUAGAUGAGAUGUCAGUUAAGCUGGCUGAGCUUGAGAAACUGGUGGAAGCCUAUGAAGAAAGCGAGGAACAGCAAGCUAGUGAAGUACAGCAGCUGCACCACAAGAUGAACAGCUCGCUGCAUGACUUGUCCAGUGUAGCUUUGGCAGACGUCCAAAUGUCUGGUGGCAGUGGAGUGGCAAAGUUUGAACUGGACAACUUCCACCAUUCUCUCUGUCCAUCCAAGAAAAAACUGACCUUACAUGUGACCUUAAAAACUGGACGUUGCUCUUUUUUGGAUAACCAAAAUGUUAGCAAACUUCAGGCACUACAGAAAAUGGUGGAUAAGUAUGCAGAGAAUGCUAGAGAGUGGCGAGAGAAAGAGGAAGGGAUGAAUGUUAAAAUAGCUGCACUGGAGUCUGAGGUGCAGACACUCAAACAGAAGGAGGGAAUGGGAAGAAAGAUGAAAGAUAAGCUGAUGGAAAAGGUAUCAAGCUACCAGCAUGAAGUAGAGGCACAAAAGACAAUCAUCAAAGAACUUCAGGAGACUAUGAGAAGCUACCUCACUCAGAGUGCAACUUAUACAGACAGUGAUAAACAGUUGAAGGAAGUGCAGCAAAGUAAGCUGUCUUUGGAAACGGAACUCAUAUCUCUUAAGGAGGAAGUUGAUAAAUCUCGCCAAUCUGCCCUGCACAAAACUAAACAAAUGGAGGAUGCCAUCAAGAAAUUAGAGGAGCAGAGAUUGCUAGCACAAGAUUACAAAAAUAAGUUUGAUUGUCAGGUGGAGUUGACUGAGGCCAAAGUUCGAUCUCUGGAAGAUGAGCUAGCCAAGGUCACUUCUGAUCGGCAACGACUUGAGAGAAGGGAAGCCACUCUAACAACACAGGUGGAGACCUUGCAAGGUCUACUUGAUGACAGGACCUUGGAGCUGGAGAAACUGGAGAGAAGAAAUACAGACUUGCAGACACAUUUACAACAGUUGCAGCAGAGGAACACUGACCUACAAGUGCAAGUUGAAUCCUUACAAAAGGCCUCUGCGCAAAAUGAUGAGCAUAAGCAGUCAAAGGCAGAGCUUAACUUUCAAAUCAGCCGUCUACAGCAACAAAACACUGACCUGGAACGUCGCAUUACCACAGCUCUGAGAGACAAGCAAGGGCUGGAGGAUAAAGUGGCGGCCGCAGAAAGAGAAAAAGAAAGGCUGCUGAGGAGGAUAGAUAGGCUGGAGACAUCAGAGAAAGAGAAACGUGAACUAGAGACAAAGCUGGAGAAGAUAGCUACAUUGGAGAGAGAGAACAGAAGGCUAGAGAUGAAGGUUGAACGCUUAUCAGCAUUUGAAAAGGAUAAAUUAAACCUUGAGGAAAAAUUGGAAAAACUGGAGAUGAAUCUCCGAAAAGAGAAAAUCAAAGUUGAGUCAUUGACUGCUGAGAGAAAAGAUUUGGAACAAAAACUGAAAUCCAUUCAAGACCAGAAAGUUGCUACUACCAGUGAAGAAAUAGCUCAGCUCAAGGUCAAGGUGGCCCUGGUAGAUAUGGCGGAGAAGGAGAAGGCAAGGCUUGAGCGGGAGUUGGCGACUGUUAAGGCUGAUAAAGAUGCAGUGGAGCAAUUGAGGGACAAAGAAAAAAUCUUGAUGGAUAAAUUGAAAGGGGAGAAAGCAGAAGCAGAAAAGGUGAAGGAUAAAGUCCUGAAUGAAAAGAGCAAUUUAGAGAAGCAGAAGGACUUGCUAGCAAAGGAGAAAAAUCUGGCAGAGAAAUUGUUACAAGAACUAAAGAAUGAGAAACAUUCCUCAGAUGAGUGCGUCAAGAAGCUGAACAGAGAGAUAGAUAGACUGGAAUCAAGCCUAGGCAAGCUUCAGGAGCAAUGCAAGAGCUCAGAUGACUCUGAUGUCAACAAGCUGAGCCUGGAAAUUGACCGUCUCAAAAAACUGGUGGAUAGGCUGGAGAAGGACAAGGGUGGACAGGAGAAGAGGUGUAGCGUGGAGCUGGGGGGUACCUUGGUCAGCAGGCUGCAGAGGGAGAACACAGAGCUUAGAAAGCAAGUUGAGAGCCUGGAGAAACAAGUUGGAAAGAGUAGUCCUCAGAGACCUUUCAACAGGAGAACCUCUCUGGCAAUGCUACAGGAGAGUGGAACUCUUCAGAAAUUAAGACAGGAACAUGAAGACAAGGUAAAAGGCUUAGAAAAAGAAAUAACAGAAAUGAAAUUGAAACUAAGUAGACAACAGACUGAAUCUCUGGCACAAGACAAGAACAAGACAACUGCUGAAGAGAUGAAGGUCAAGGUAAAAGAACUGGAAGAUGUGGUGACCUCACUUAAGAAUGAGCUGAGGGAUAAAAAAAAUGAUGCAGAGGAAUUGAGGUCAAGGUUGGAUGUGCAAACAGCUAAUGUGAUGGAGCUGCGAACUGAGAUUGAAGAGCUGAUGAAGACUGAGAAUGAUUUGGUCACACAGCUGGAGAAAGAAGCCCUGAGAGCCAAACAGGCAACUGAAGAGAAAGAGAAGCUUGCUGCCCAGUUAAAGAAAUACGAAUCUCAGCCCGCAAGAAUGUCUGGUGAAUUAAAAUUUGAAAAAGUGCAACUUGAAUCUAAAGUACAGGAGUUGACUGGAGAAAGAGAUUCAUUGAAGGCUCAGCUGGACUCCAUGAAGACUGGACUAGGAGAUGAUGUGAAUGGACUGGCAUCACAAGUACAAGACCUGCAGCAGCAGCUACAGGAGGCCAGAAGAGAGGUGGAGAUUAGGAGAGGUGCAUCUGAGUAUUCUGGCGGAGAUAUCCCAGCAUACCUUCGUCAUGAGCUGGAAGAGUCCAACCUGGCAUUGAGUGAGGCCAGAUCUCUACUGGCUGCAUCCAAACGCCAGGAGCUGGAACUGAGAGACAGAAUAGACAGACUUCAACACAUACUUGAUAAUAAAGCUGUGGAGAAUGCCAGAUACUUACAAAAUGCCCAAGAUGCUCUAGCAGAACUGAAAACCUUGAAGUCUCAACAUGAUACAUUACAGAGACAAUACAAGGUCCUGGAAGACAAACAUGCCAGCUUGCAGAAGGAAAGAGGUUCUAACAACAAAGAGACAGUCAGCCUGAUGGAAGAGAUCAAGACCAAACAGCAGCAGUAUGAGAUGGAAUUUAAGAAAGUGGAACAGUUGACCAAAGUGUGCACAGAGCUUGAAGAUCAAGUGAAGGACUUGGAACAUCUGGUGGAAGAAAGCAAGAAGAGGGAGGCUGAAUGGGAGAGCAUUAAAAACACCUAUGAGAAAGCUGUAGUUGAGAGAGAAGAUGAACUGGAUGGUGCUACACAACAAUUACAGGCUGUGUCAAUGGCCAGGUCAGCAGCAUCUGAAAAGAUGUCUUCCAUGAAACAGCAAAUGGAAUCAAUGAGAGCUCUCCAUAAGGCAGAGAUUGAGAAACUAAAUCACAGCUUAAGGGAGGAGAAGGCCACCGUUGCCAAGUUAACGCAAAAGCUGUCAGAUGCCUUAGAAAAAGACUCAACAUCAAUCCAAGUGUAUGAGAGUCAGAUGAAGGAGCUGGACAAAUCCAAUCAAGAGAAAAUGAAGUUAAAGGAAGAGCUAACUCAAGCACUUAGUGAAAACUGCUCUUUCCGAAAAGAGAACCUCAAGCUGAAAAAACAUUUGGAUGAUGCUAUUGAUAAGUUUGAGAUGAUCAUUGGUGAGAAAGUGAGUCUGGAGAAUUUCACUGAAGUCUUACAAGGCCUUCACUUCCUGGACAAGUAUAAGUUUGAGAGUACGAUUGGUCAACAGAUGAAGCUGAUAGACUACCUCCAGGAUCUGUACCUAGAACACAGUGGCAAGAAGAAAAAGGGGCUGUUUGGCACAAAGAGCAGCAGUAAAGAUGGUCACCCCAAGCCAACCUUGCCAAUAUCAUUUUCAGAUCUACAGACAGCCCUGGAGCAGGAGCGUACCAAGACUGGCAUUCUGCAAGACAAAGUAGACAGGUUGCGUGAGGAAAACUUGCAACAGGCCAAUGAGUCAGGUUGGAUUAAUAAGAUAAAGAAAGUGCUAAAGCUGAAACAGUCAGGAAAAGUCCAGGCCAAUGUGACUGUUAAACUGACUGAUGCUGCCCGAAAUGCGCUGGCCAACCCGCCUGGCAGCCGUUCAUCUGAGAUGAUGGUAACAAAUUCCUCCACCUCUCUGGCUUCCUCUGGGUCCUCCUCAUCCUCCAAGUCCAGUCAUUCUAGAGGGAAAAGUCCACACACUCCGCGCAAUCAACGAAGGGAUCUGUCCAUUCAGCAAGGGUCUUACAAAAUCCCAGAAGCUUUCCCAACACCACAGAGAAUGCACCACAACAUACCACACAGGUUUGCCACUGGACUCAACACAAGGACAACCAAAUGUGGAUUAUGCUUAGGAACAGUUUACUUUGUACGUCAGGCUUCUAAAUGCCAAGAGUGUGAUCUGGUAGUGCAUCCUAAAUGUGCAGUGAAUGUGCAAGCCACAUGUGGUCUGCCCACAGAGUAUGUGCGUCAUUUUGCCCUGAUGAUGAGGUACAUCUAUAGGGAGGAUGCCGACCAGAACUCAGAUGUUGAUACUUCUUGUGUUAAGAUGUCUGGAUGGCUGAAAGUACCCAGAGUUGGCAAGUCAGGCUGGGAGAACCGUUAUUGUGUCCUGGAGGGAACAUGGCUGACAUUGUACCUGGACGAAAAAGAUGGCAACCCAGUGGACAGUUUUGACCUGAGCCCUGUGGAUGCAGAUGUGAGUAUACACAGUGCAGUGACCUCAGCUGAGCUGGCCAACACAGCAACUACAGAUCUCCACUAUGUCCUGAGGCUGGACCAAGACCCACUAACUACAUGCUGGCCUGGAAGGUAUUUAUAUUUGAUGACUACAAACUUCCAAGAGAAACAGAGAUGGGUUGCAUCCCUUGAGGCAGUGGUGAAGAGUGCUCAGUGUAAGAGUGAUUUGUAUCGCAAUAGAUCUCAAACACUGACAGUGUUGUCACUCAAAGAUGUGGAGUGUCGAGACUUUAACUGUACUCUUGUUAUUUCAAAUCAGCUGGUUCUUGUUGGAACUGAUGAUGGUCUUUAUGCCUUUAACCCGCAAGCCAUGACUUCCAAACGUAAACAAAUGACUCAAUUGACUGGCUUUGGUUGUGUGCAUCAAAUGGCUCUGGCUAAAGGUGUUGACUUAAUUCUUGUUUUGACUGGUCCAGAGCGUCGGCUGAUCAUGUUGGAAAAUAAGCUGGUCAAGUGUCGCAUGAGCCAAACAUUGGGUGGAGAAACUACCCCAUUCACAUUCAAGACAAUUGAUGGCCUGCAGUGCUGUACCAUCUUUGAUGUGGCAUUGUGGAACAAUGCUAGCUACUUGGUUGUGGGCACCCCAACAAAACUGUUUUUGAUGAAGUAUAACCCGAGCCUGGCCAUGUACUGUGUGAGAAAGGAGUUCCCAAGUUCUGAGCCUUGCAGCUGUGUGUGCAUAGCAGAUAACUAUGCUAUAGUUGGUACUGAGCGUUUCUACAAAAUUAACCUGGAGCAUCCCAGUCUUUUGGACUUUGUGGAUCGACAGGACAGUUCACUUGCAUUUGCUGCCUUUGGGGCUGCCAAUCACCAGAGUUAUCCAUUGGCUGUGGUGCGGGUGUCGCCUGAAAAUGCACCAUUGGAAUUUUUACUUUGCUUCCAUGAAUUUGGUGUGUUUGUUGAUCACCAUGGUCAGAGAAGUAGAGCAACAGAUGUCAAGUGGAGUGGUCUUCCUAUGGCCUUUGCAUAUGUUGAACCCUUCCUGUACGUGACAUACACUAGUACUGUCCAUGCAACUGUUAUACCCACAGACAAGGCCAGAGCAAAAGGUAGACAGACAGUGAUAGACAUUCAGUCCCCUCGUUAUCUAGGCCCUGCACCAGGCCAUGGCUGCGUGUACAUUGGCAGCUCCAGCACCACCAGCUCCACCAGCUGUAAUGUGACUGAGAUCAUUUCCAUCAGGGGCCAGGAGGACUUCAGUACUGAAGACAGUGACAAAGAGAAUACAGAUGUAUUGAAAACUCCUACUAAGAAACAUCAAUUUGAAAGCCCAAGAAAAACUCCUAAAUUUCACCAGCAGUACAAUAAAGGCUCACUGGCAUCAGUGUACAGUAAUUCUAGUAGUAGUACAUACACUAGUGUCGAGUCAGAUGUGUAGGCACUGUUACUUUCACAUGGCAUGAAGGAAAUGAACGAUGGCCAGUCUAGUCUGCUGUGAACAGAAACAAAUGGCAUUAAACAGCAUUUUGUUGUGUUUACUUCUAUCUCUUAGUCAUAGUGUAGCAAAUGUAUGUAAACAGAAAUAUGUUUGCAAGUGUUUAGAAAAUGCCAAAUAGAAAUAUAAACAUUGUAUUCACUGUUUUUUAUCAUAAACAUAUAAAUAAAACAUGUCUAGAUGUGAUUCUCUUAUAUGUAAGAUAUAUAAGGUAGAGUAAACUUCAAGCAGUGAAAUCUGAUCUUACAAUACUAAAUGGCUUUUUCCACUUAGAGAUAUUUCUGCUCAUUCCUGCAGAAGUCUUACAAAAAUUCAAUAGUGGUAUAGAAAUACAUAGCCUAUUUUCUGUUGUUGAACUAUUAGGUUGUCAUCCAUUGACCAAAAACUAAAUACAUUCUCCAAGAAUCAGAUCUGUUGUUGGCCAUGUGCCAUGUAUUUGUACACUAUAAAUAUUCACUUUGUUUUGUUUCUUUUCAUACAAUAAUUUUGUGUGUACUGUUUUUAAAAAUCUAUUAAUCAUAAGAUUUGGAUCUGUUUUGUUUUAUAUGACUUGUUUGCGUAGAGGACAUCUAACUUUUUCACAUUUUGUUGUGCAAGUGUUUUUACUAUGUACCAUACAGACAGACCCAUUUCUAGAUCUCUGUAAGCUUUGUGUAUCCUUGGGAAAUACUAGUGUUACUUACUAUAUUGUUAUCUGCUCACUCAUCCUUCAAACACUUUGAGAAAUGAUCUUAUGUUAGAAAUUGUCUUGUUUAUAUAAGCAAUCAUUGUGCCUUAUAAUGAUGUCAAUCUCAUAGUAGUCCUGAGCAGGGUAAUUGUGCAUAGUUCUUAUGGUUUUAAUGAUAUAGACAUACAAAUAUAAGUUUCAUUUUGUUGAUACUUACAGUAGUAAGCAAUGGUGUUGAACAUUGAGCCAAAUUUGUGAAGUAUAAUUUGUAAAUUGAAGAGAAAAUGUAAGCAGUAUCAUGACAAGUGUAAAGUUUGAAAUUUGUUUGUUCUUAUCAAUGAAAUUUAUAGUGAUUUUGUUUGUCUGGCUUCAUUGUCCAGUAUGUGUAUAGUACAUUAUUUAUCAUUUAUUCCAGAUUGUCCAGACCAUGUAAUAUAUAUAUGUACAUUGUUAGUGAGGAAACAGAUAUGUUGUAUGUUGUUCAUUUAAUGCAGUCAUUGCUAGGAGAUUUAAGUGUAAUAUUGUUAUCUGAAGUGUCAAUCAAGAGAUAUGCUAACAUCAAAUGAAUAAUAUUAACAUUAGUUAACCACAGUGUGAUGAAAAGUUUCUGAUAAAUAUGUAUAUGUAGAGCUUGUGUAUUUAUUAAAUUUGUUUUUAAUUUUAA